AUGAGUUGCUGUCAUGGUAGCGGACCCGGCUACGCUUCGCCGGCUGAAGCGAUCAAAUCUGAAAGAGAAAAGGUUCUUUUUUCCGUCAAAAUUUGUGAAAUUUUCGCUCAGACUCUAUUGGUGACGUCCCCGCACGUUGCGAAUGGCCCAGAUGCAAUUUUUAGCAUUGAUGUGGACCCGAAUAGUCCCAAUUUCAUGAAAGUUUCAUGCGAAAUUUUGAAUUAAAAUGAAAAAAAAAAAUUAAUUUAGGUUCUCUCACGCGUAGACAUGCCAAAUAUUAAUGAUGAAGUUCAUCAUACCGGCUGGAAUUCGUGUUCUUCUUGUCACGGCGAUUCUUCAUAUAAGCGGUUAGAUUUUAUUUUUGAAAAACAAAUUGAUUUUUGAUUUUUAGAACCCAUCUCAUCGUUCCUUGUCUUUAUUCGGACCGCGUUUAUAUCGUUGACGCCAGGGAUGCGAAUGAUAUAAAAUUGGAAAAGGUUAAUAAUUAAUUUGAAAAUUAAUGAAUAAAUUAUUUUUCUAGACAAUCGAAGCCGAAGAACUUCAUAAACAUGACGUCAGCUUCCCGCACACUUCCCAUUGUCUAGCCGAUGGAAAUAUUCUGAUCAGUACCCUUGGAAAUAAUGAAGGGGAUGCUUUAGGUUUUGAAAAAGGCUCAGUUUUUUUGAUUAAAAAAACAAAUUUAGGAAAUUUCCUGCUUCUGGACGGGAAAAACGUUCAAUGUGAAGGGUCGUUGGACGUCCGGGGGCGUUUCGGUGCCGUUUAA